AUGGCAACCUCCGAUGAAAAGGUAGCAAAAUCGUCAUCGGUUGUCCCACGCAACGUCCGGACCACGAUCAAUUACUACAAGGACCCUGGAGAUGGGACUGAGCAUGCACCUAGCAUCGCGGGGAAGAGAAGCACCUUUGUCCAUCCAUCCAUCGACUUUGAGACUGUCGUGACCGACAUCACUGGAAGCGAAGACAAAUACACGCUCGACAGCCAUGGCUUCCAACUGCAUCGCCAUAUCAGCCAAGAGAAAGAAUUUAUCGACGACCAGAGAAUCAAGGAUCUGUAUUAUCCAGAAGUAGAGAAACUGCUCUUUGAAGUUACUGGAGCGAGCCGUAUUUGCAUCUUUGACCACACAAUCCGAAGACCGAAUCCCACAGCUGCUAGCUCGGACGACGAAAGACGGCCCGUCAAGCGCGCCCAUAUCGACCAAUCUGAAUGGGCGUCGGAGAACCAGGUCAGACGACACUUGGGAGAAGACGGCCCGAGACUUUUGAAGUCCCGAUUCCAACUCAUCAAUGUUUGGAGGCCGAUUAGAACCAUCUACAAGGACCCUCUUGCGGUUUGCGACUCUCACUCGGUGCCAGACGAAGACAUUGUUCCGGUCAAGUUGAUUUAUCCUGAUUGGGUGGGAGAACCGUUACCUUUCGGGUACAAUAUCGAGACCAUCCAUGUCGUGUGGGUCGCUGCUCUGAUAUGUACUGUGUUAUACGCGACGUAUCAUGUGAUUUACAAUGUGCUUCUUCACCCGCUGGCUGCCUUUCCCGGCCCUUUCUGGGCAAGGGCAUCUUUAGUGCGUCCGAGACAAACGAGAGGGCUUCUGUGUCCUGUGGUCAGAAUUUCUCCAAACGAGCUGUCCUUUGCUUCGGUGCAGUCAUGGAAAGAUAUCUAUGGCCACGCAGUAGGAGGAAAGCAGACCAUGACGAAGAGCGAAUUCUAUGAUAUGUACGGAUCUGGUUUUGAAUCUCUUUGUGUCGGUAGUGAGAGGGACCCGAAAAGGCACUCGCAAAUGAAGAAGAACUUGUCGGCGUCCUUUUCAACAAAAGCACUCGCGCAGCAAGAGAGCAUAGUUCAUAGCGUUGUCGAUGGAUUUAUUGCUCGACUAGGGUCGAAUGGGACAUCUGAAAAGGGUUUAGACAUGACUAAGUGGUUUGAGAUGGUUGCGUUCGAUAUUCUUGGAGAAAUGGCGUUCGGAGAGAGCUUCCACUGCAUAGAGACGGGGAAGUCUCAUUUCUGGUCUGAUAUGAUUGUGGAACAUCUGUUCUUCGUCACAGUUCUCGACAACCUUCGCCGAUACCCCAUUUUGGACGCUCUUGGGAGAAGACUGCUUCCUCGUCUGACCGUAUCCGUUCGGGAUCGUCACUCAGGCUACAGCCGUACCAAGGUUGAAAGGUAG